UCGGGGCCGCAAGCCGAGCUCCCGACACCGACAUUCGGAGACACAUCCGCCACUGGGUGGAACGGUGCAGGCUGGAAACCACCCUCAGCUCAGGGCACAACCUGAUCUGGCUCUCCCAUGUCAACACCGGCAUCAUCCCAGUUCUACAGGACGGACCCAAGUGUGGGCUGGUGGCCCUGUGUAUGGCCGCACAGCAGCUGAAGGAUGUGGCAGCUGAGGUCAAGACCCCAUCAACGGAUGAGAUUUACGACUUUUGCAAGAACAAGGGCUACACACUUCAAGGAGAGAUGUUCUCUGCCACCUACAUGGCCCAGCUGGCAGAGGAGCUGAUAGGGUGCCGGUGUUCUGUACUGAAGGGAGGGAUGCCACUACACAGGCUGGAGAUCAUUCAGCAUCUGGUGAAAGGCUAUCCUGCUCUCGUGCCCUAUGAUGCUGACAGGAACCACGAGCCUAUCUGCAAGAGAGGCCACAAAGCACACUGGGCAGUCAUACCAGGGGUGAUCUUGGGCAUCGACCAAUGGCAUGGAGGCUUACUGGACGGGUACCAGCAGGACAAUGACCCACACUGCCAUGACUUGUACCACGCCCUUCCGGACACCACCGCCCCCAAGCUGGACUGGAGCAGGGUGCACCAGGUGUUCCUGUACGCCAGGCAGGGCAAGAGCAGGAGACUGGCACUGUGGAAGUACGAGCUGCUGCACGAGAGUAACAUACAGCUGGUGGAGAUGUGUCCCAUCCGCGCGCAGGAGAGCGAGCUGUACGUUGUACCUGAUGACGGAGUGGAGGGAGGACUGAGCGGCAAAGUGGUGCUACUGUUCCCGCCCAGGUAGCAACGUUGUACUGCUGAGGAACCUGCUAUGCGGGGGAGCCCUAUCUAGAGUGGGAACCAGAACUCAUUGGCAAUGUACAGAAUUCUUUCUUUCAGAAGUUUGUGUCUGGGUUACUGUUAGAUUGACUGUAUUCGUUUGUGACGAUUUAACUGAUUUGAGGCCAAAGUUCUAGUGUGCAAAUGAUAACAGAUUGGAUAGUGUUGGUUUGUUUUUCAGUUAAUGUGAUAGGAUGUGGUAUGGCUUGACUGACCAGAUUUAGUUUUCACUGACAACAGCCCUGACUUCAGAACUGUUAUGUAUGGUGUACAGAAAGAUGAAUGGUUGAGUGUACAGAUGAUAGGGGUGUGCCAUGAAGAGUGAGCAUAUUUCGAAGGGUCUCCUGCAAAAUCUGCAUAUACUAACCACUGUCAACUGCUGUGCUGUUGAGCAUUUCUGGCCAUUGUACGAGAUUGUAGCAUUCACAAUCUAUGCCUGUGGUGUCCCAAAUGUUCCUCCUAAGAGAUGGAAUCCUGCACAGGUGAAAGAGAAACAACUGCAGCAGAAUAUAGCACUAUUCACAGGAUGCUGCUUUUCUAACGCUGUUGUAGCAACUCAUAUUUGAUGAUCUUACAGAAUGCAUGUUGUUGUAGUUUGUCUGUUGAGAAGUCCAGGAAGAUUUGAGGGGUACCCUUGGGAACACCACAAACGGAUUCUCUUCAACAGAUCUCACUGCACAUAGGCCUUCAGUCAUUCGAAAAUUAUUAUAACAGUAAAACAUCAGGGGACUCAACCCCCUUUCCCAAACAGUCAUUUGGUCAACCCCCUUUGCUAAAUUGAAAUAAUGCCAGUAAGAAAAUAAAGAUUCUCAGAACGUUGUGCCAAGUACAACAGUACAUGUGCCUCCAUGAGACAUCUGGGUGUAUGUCACUUUGAGCCAUGUUAGGUAGAAGCAUGUUAUUGUUAUGUACAUCAAAAAUGAAACCAUGGUGUGUGUGUGAAGUUGCAGUA